GAUUGCGACAGAUGUCUGGGCAAUAGUGAAGCGCUCUCCUGCUUCGGUCCCACAUUGCACCGGGGCGGAAUCUGUGCAGCUGUCAGUCGCCGAGCAGUGUAUUAUAUUAUAUAUCAUCUAUUAUUAAUAUUCUUGCUAUUAUACCAUCUAUUAUACGUCCACUCGGCCCGGCGAGUGAGCGCAACGGAUCGCUUUCGGUGCGGUUGGAAACAACAAAUCAUACAGGAGUCGCCAUGGGAGGAAAACUGAGCAAGAAGAAGAAGGGCUACGACGUGAGUGACCCCAAAGACCUGAAGGAUGAGAUCACAGCCGCGGCCGUGGGCGCCGUGGGGUCAGUCCAGGCGGCGGUGGAGAGCGUUCUCCCUGCCGAGGCGGCCGGAGUGACUGCUGAGGUCGGCAAGAAAGCGUCAGCUGCGGUGGAAGAGGUAGUGAGUUCGGCAGUGGCGGAGAUAUCACAGGCUGCGGCGGGCAUGAUGGGGACGGGUGGCUCCAAGGAGGCGGACGCUGCAGUUAAGGAGGAACCUGUUGUAGCUCAGAAGGACCCAGAAGAACCAGCUGCAGUGGAACCAGCUGCAGUGGAACCAGCUGCAGUGGAACCGGCUGCAGUGGAACCGGCUGCAGUGGAACCUGCUCCCGUUCCGGAAAUAUCCAUAGAGGAACCUGCUCCCGUUGAGAAGGACCCAGAACCGGCAGCAGUAGAACCUGUUGCAGUAGAAACACCAGCUGAGGUAGAACCGGCAGCAGUAGAACCUGUUGCAGUAGAAACACCAGCUGAGGUAGAACCGGCAGCAGUAGAACCUGUUGCCGUAGAAACACCAGCCGAGGUAGAACCGGCAGCAGUAGAACCUGUUGCAGUAGAAACACCAGCUGAGGUAGAACCGGCAGCAGUAGAACCUGUUGCAGUAGAAACACCAGCCGAGGUAGAACCGGCAGCAGUAGAACCUGUUGCAGUAGAAACACCAGCUGAGGUAGAACCGGCAGCAGUAGAACCUGUUGCAGUAGAAACACCAGCCGAGGUAGAACCGGCAGCAGUAGAACCUGUUGCAGAAUCUUCUCCAGUUGAGAAGGACCAAGAACCUGCAGCAGAAGAACAAGUGGCAAUCAAACCUGUUGCAGUAGAAACACCGGCUGCAGAUGAGGCUGUUGCAGUAGAACCAGUGGCCAUAGAACUGUCUACAGAAGAACUCACUCCAGUUCAAGAAUUAUCUGUUGAGGAACCUGCUCCUGUUAAGAAGGAUCCCGAACCAGCAACAGUGGAAGUGGCUCUAGUCAAAACACCAGCUGCUGUAGAACCAGAACUGGAUUUAGUUGAAGCCACUGAGACUGCACAAUGUGACGCUCUAGACGCGCCUGCACAAACCCAGGAGACACCAGGGUGGUCACCAGUGGAGCAGUCCGAACCUGAGCCUGCUGAGUCCCUUGUGGGGGACUCCCCCCCAGCACCAGAACCACACGUGAUUGAACCCGAAGCCCACACAGAGAUGUCAGCCCCCAGUGCAGCUGUUGAGCCUGUUCCAGAGACUGUCACUGAGUCAGAAGUCGAUGGCGAAGAAACAGCCGCUGCUGAGCUCCAGUCUGAGUCAAUAACUAACCUGGAGCUGUCCGCAGAGGUACCGGCUUAUGCUGCUCCGAUUCCAGUGUUGGAGCCCGAAGCUGGGGCUGAUGCAGUUGAGGAGCAGGGCUUCGAAGAAGUCAUGCCGGAAACGGCACCACCGGAGGCCUGUGGAACCGAACCAGAACCAGCGACAGAAGACCCAGUGACCGAAGUUACCCCUGAGCCUGAAGCCCCAAAAGCCAUCGCUGAGGUGGUCGCUGUGUGCGAGGUGCCCGCCGAGGUGGAAGCGUUCGUUGAGGUCUCAGCAGUAGAGGAGGAGAAAAUGACAGAGCCCCAGGUGGUAACCAAGAUGGAGAAUGGAGAUUCAAAGAGUGACUUGGCCACGGAGGAGGAGGAAGAGCUCGACUCGCUGCCCGUGGUGAACGGAGCGUCCAGCGACUCCAGCGCUCUGUCCGAGGAACAGGUGAACGACACCGAAGCCGAGCUGCCGGUGAAAGCUUUCACUGAGCACCAUGAAUCGGAGGUGACCAAAGACUUAUCCUUUAACGCCCCCGAAGACGUGUCUGAGAUGGUCGAGUCCAUCAGCGCUGCAGACGACAAGGCUGUGGAGCUGGUCUGAAGGACAUCUUUCGAACCAAUCAAGUCAAUCCAGCGCCCUCCUUGGUAGAGGAUGCCAGAAAGCUGAUGAAAUAAAAAACGCCCGACUUCCUAUUAUGGGAUAUGUCAAAAACAAAAUACCACCACAAGAUCUGUCGUGGUUACUCAGGCGAGAAGGACUGACGUGGUUGAGCGAAGAGAAGAUCACAACAUGGAAUCACUUUAGGGUAGUUCAGACAAAGUGCAACUGAAAGUGAGAGGGAGGGCAUAAGGCGAGUGUAUGAGGAGGGCCGUGCGUAUGUGUGUGAAGUAUUUAAGGAGGAAGAGAGCAAGGAAGAGAGAGAUAUAUCAGAGCCAGAUGGUGGACUUGAGGAACGGAAGUAAAAGUACUGCCCUACUGCCUUGAAACCUUUGAAUAUAGCGACCCUGGGUUUAAACAGACAUUUAAUAUUAGUGUAUGAUUCGAGCUAGUCUUUCACAUAUCCUUUACAUAACGUUAAAAGCUGUAUGCAGCGGUUCUUUUGUAAUAAUGCAACCUGAUGAUGAAUGUUUAAUUGAUCGUUUGAUGUAGAGAAUAAAAACAAUAUAGUCCA